AAAGAUGCCAAAACCCGUCAAGUCAUCUUUUUUACGAAUCUCUCUCUCCCCUGAAAGAAAAUACUUCACAGAAAUGGCUAACUUCUCCGCUCUGCUUACGAUAGCUCUCCUCCUUUGCUCCACGCUAAUGUGCACCGCCCGUCCGGACCCGGCCUUGUCCGCCUCUAUCACGAUUAUUGAUCAAGCCGACCCAUGUAACAUGCAGGAAAAGAAGAUUGAAGGAAAAAUGGAUGAAGAAGAGAACUGUAGUGCAGACGACGAAGAUUGCUUAAUGAGGAGGUCUUUGGUUGCUCAUGUUGAUUACAUCUACACCCAGAAGCAGAAGAAGCAUUAAUCUUUGUCUUUUCACUAAAUUUACUAUAAUUUUGUUUCUAACCAAUUACUGUUAAAGGUUAUGUAAUUCACGUUUGUGAAUCAUAAUCCUUAAUUAGUAUUAGUCUCUCAUAUUUAGAACAUAUCAUGAUUUUUAUAGUCGUGAUGAUCACAUAAUUACAGUUACGACAUAUAGCCAAAGAUUUGUUCAAUUCAGACUACAGAGUAUGUCUACAACUAUAUAAUUAAAGGUGGAUUAGUGAAAACAUGUUAUGGUAUUAAACUCUCCAAACAAAAUGUCUAACUAUCUCAAUAACCAAUAAAAU